UUCACUGUCAUCUGUCAUCAAACCAUGGAAUUACGUGGUUUUACAUUAUUAGCGCUCUCUAAAAAUUUUAGCAAUACACGAUGCAAUCUAAAUUCUUUCCAGUGAUUGACUCACGGAUUUUAUCACUCUGUUGUAGAUAUUUAGUUCAGUGCCAUGUUAUUCUUAGGUAGGUCGCCGAAGUGCGAAGAAAUGAAGUGCAGUGAAACGAAAUAUUUACACACAAAAAUGACUUUAGAAAGGUUUAGAACGGUGUUGAUAUGGUCUAGUGUGGUGUGUACGUUGGCUGUGGUCGCCUCUUUGCACAAGUUGCUUACUUAUGAGGCAAAAUUCUCUAAGCCGUUCUUUCCAAUACCUAUUGGGUUGUAUGGCAACUACCUGGAAACGGUUUCCGAGGAUACGCCGCUGCCGUUGGCUAAGCCUAAGGACACCGUACGAGAUGCCGAAGCUGUGGUGUCACUAGCAGCUGCUCUAGAGAUGAAAAAACAUGGAAAGGCUGACAAAGCUUUAAAACUCUUCCAACACGCGUUUGCACUGUCCCCAAAACACGCAGAUGUUUUAAACCACUACGGGGAAUUCUUAGAAGACACAAAGAAAGAUGUAGUCAGAGCUGACCAACUCUACACAUUAGCUUUAAGUAAUUAUCCAGACCAUACAGGGGCUUUGAUGAACAGGCAACGCACAGCCAGCAUAGUUGAAAACUUAGACAGAGAAAUGUUAAGGAAAAUAGACGAAAAACGAGAUGCACUGUCAUCCAUACCAGAGAACAACUCUGCUUUGCGGAGAGCUAAGAAAGAGGCUUAUUUCCAACACAUUUACCACACGGUUGGUAUUGAAGGUAACACAAUGACAUUACAGCAAACCAGGAGUAUAUUAGAGACUCGAAUAGCCGUUUCUGGCAAAAGCAUAGAUGAGCAUAAUGAGAUUUUAGGUUUAGAUGCAGCUAUGAAGUAUAUUAAUUCAACAUUGCUGUACCGCUUGCGGGAUAUCACUAUGGGGGACAUAUUGGAGAUCCAUAAGAGGGUCUUGGGGCAUGUGGACCCAGUGGAAGGAGGGCAGUUCAGACGGACACAGGUUUAUGUUGGGGGACACAUCCCGCCCGGGCCCUCUGAGAUACAGAGGCUGAUGCAGCAGUUUUUGGAGUGGCUGAAUUCUGAAGAUGCAUUAGACUUACAUCCAGUGAGAUACGCAGCCCUAGCGCACUACAAGCUGGUCCACAUCCACCCGUUCAUCGACGGUAACGGACGCACGUCGCGGCUCCUCAUGAACCUGUUACUCAUGCAGGCCGGCUUCCCGCCCGUCAUCGUGCCCAAGCAGCACCGCCACCUGUACUACCAGCACCUGCAGACGGCGAACGAGGGCGACGUGCGACCUUUCGUCAGAUUCAUAGCGCAAUGCACGGAGCGCACGCUGAACCUGUACCUGUGGGCGACGAGCGAGUUCUCACACAUGGUGCCUGCCAUCGGCGACCCGCACAUCCUGGCAGGAGAACUCGAGAUGGAAGACCCACUGUGAUUACUUAUAUUAACAUUCUGAGCAUAAAUAGCGAUUGAGGAGUAAUUUGGAUACUUCCCAUCACUUUUGAACUGAUUUUUGACAGAAUUUUAUAGUUUUAUGGACAAUAAUUAUCUUGCUCGCGUAAAAUUUUUAGUAUAGGUCAAACAGAACUUGAAGGCUGCAACUGUAGCCAAUAAAGACGUGUAUAGGAAGAUAACCUUUAUUCAGUUUUUUUGUAAUAUAGACUAUGUGAAGCUUUAAUUGGAACUUGCUUCAUAAUAAUUACUUUAUUUACAAACAUCACGACUUUGACCAGUAAAUCACUUGUGUGACGCUUCCAAAACGAGCCUGCUGGCGGGUUCCACUAUGUUAAUUAAAUUUAUGUACAUUGUAAAUAUAAAAUAUUUAACUUCGUGAAUGACACAGCAUUUAGGUAGGUAAGUGAAAAUUUAUUAUUUGCUUUUUUAAAUUUAUCGUAUUUUAGUAAAUAGAUUAUUUAACGUACAGUAUUUUGAGGUUGCUCAAGGUAGCGUGAUUUAAAAAUUAAAUUAGACCUAUAUUGGUUUCUUUUAUUUUAUGGUCAGUUACUGUUUUAGACAAUUCUAUGAAGUUGUAAUAAUUAUUGGAUAGUAACUCGAUUUGGUCACUUAUUGUACCUGUGAUUUAAUUUCCAAUCUUGCCUGCAACAUUAUCUGUUCCGAAACCGUUUGAUAACUAGGGGUUAAGGAGAACGAAAACAUGUGGAAAUCAUUUUACACUUAAUUUGCAUUAAGAUUUAGACAUGCUGGAGAUAUGUAUAUUCAAAAUCAAAAUCUGAAUAAGGAUAAUGCGGCCAAAUCCGUCUGAGGGAAAUUCAGUAGGUAUAGUUUGUCAAAGGACUGUCUCAUUUCAAACAUAGACAGAGUGAAUCAUACUAUCUUUGUCUUACACAAGUAACGCACCCAAAAAAGGAUGAGUAUAGUUUUUUUUUGUUCUUAUUUACUGCCGAUUUGGUUUGACCAACUAUACAUAAGCGUUUUUUUAUUAAAAAAAUAACGACAUCUUUAUGGACAAAACAGCGAUUGCUUUUAUAGUUUGUCAAAGGACUGUCUCAUUUUAAACAUAGACAGAGAUAAUCAUACUAUCUUUGUCUUACACUAGUACUAGCACCCAAAAGAAAAGGAUGAGUAUAGUUUUUUUUGUUCUUAUUUACUGACAAGCUGGUUUGACCAACUAUAGUUUUAGCAGUCAAAAGUAGGUGUGCUCUAUUGCCUACGGUUGAAAAAAAUAUGGAAUAUACGCUCGUUUACGGAAUUUUCCGCAGACAGAUUUGGCCGCAUUGAUGUACGCUUCUUUUCUUAUACCCACUCCGGCCACAUACUCGACGAGUGGUAUGGGAAGUAUGCAGGGCAGUAUGGCGGCCAAUGACGAGUAGCGUGGCCACACUACGUCUCUGCCUCCCUCGCUACUUUCCAUGCCACUAGUCGAGUAUGUGGCCGAGGUAUUACGUGAUGCGAUGCACAAUAAACAAAUGUUUUAAUCAUACUGAUUGUCGUUCUGUAACAUUACUUAAGUUUCAAUUUAUGUCGAAGUCAAGUCGAAGGGUCCACUCUGUCGCUUAGGUACCAUAACGACGAGGUUUGCUUGUAUUUUAAUACGAAUAACCUGUCAAAGCGCCUUUAUGGCCAGCGACAAGGUGGGGCUUUUUGCUUGGAAACGAUACAUUUGGCCAAAGAGUUUAGUUUAUUUUAUUCGAUAAACAACUUUGUCAGUAGAAAAAGGCGCGAAAUUCAAAUUUUCUAUGGGACUAAGCAUUCGCGCCUACAUUUUUAAAAUUUGCCGCUUUUUUCUACUGACGGAAAUGGCUUGACAGACUAUAUAACACAUCACGUCUAUUCUAGGUGCGACCUUUUUUCUGUGAUACUGUUCAUAUAUUUAUUGGGUUCCCUAUUUAUUCCCAUUAUUUAUCAUUUGUGAUAUAUGUUGAAAAUAUGUUAUGUCGUAUUGGACAGCAAAAUAAGUCAGCAAUAGUGUAAAAGGGUGAAUCAACUUUAGACUCCCUCAUUGCCAUGGUUACGACUAGUUGUCCAGGGGAAAAACAACUUAAAUCUUGAUUUAAAUUCGCUAAACAUGCAUUUUUGUACUAGGUAAAAGCCAUUUCCCCAAUGGGUUCAUCUACUCAGCGUAGUAGCGUGAAACGUGAUACAUUUCCUAACAAACUGUGUCACUAAUCACUAUUGCCCCUUGGACAACAGGACAGAAUAACAAAACAAAAAAGUGGAUCCAUCCACAGAUUUCAUAAAUAGUUUUGCUGACUAUACCUUCCUAUAAAACCAAAGCUAUACCUAUAGCUUUUACCUAAUACCUAUAGUAUUUAUUCAGUUCGAUGAAAUUUAAACCAUAAUCAAUUGGAAUAGUUGCAUUUGUUUUGUUUUGUUCAACGUUCAAACAAAACAAAAUCAACUUUAUUCCCUUCAUUAUACGUUCAAAUUUCAGUGGCAAAUUUUGGAUUUUUCAUUUGUAUGGCUUGGCCUUAGGAGGGUACAUAGAGUAGAACAAAGCGCCCAAAGCGGCUUCAGAAUGUAGUCUCAUUUUUGUAAUAACCUAAAUCAUAAGGGCUAGCACAACACGUGCUACGUUUUGAAAUGAAAAUCAUAAUUUGUAGCUACAGUAUCUUUGCAAGUUUCAUAAAAUUUGCGGAUACACUUUUGUUAAGUACAGAAUUAAUAGAAAUCAGCAAUCUAGUGGUGCUAUCCCUUCUCAAUCAAUCAAUAUUUAUUUGCAGAUAAUGUUCAAUACAAUGCAUGCAAAUACAAUUUUUAUCGAACAUUACACCACUGGUAAUGUUAAGAAUUCUGAUACUUAUGCGCUUUUUUAGCGUUAUUUUUCCAUGACGUUAUAAUUUUCGGCAUUUCCUAGUUUCGAAAAUCGUCUUCCUAAUAAUUAUUAAUUUUAUUUAAAGCAUUUUCAUGAUACCAGUACAAAUUAACUAAUCAAUAUAUAAUAUUUUA